GUUUGAUUUAAGGUCAUAUAAGCGGGUAUAUCAACUGUUAAUUUAUAUAAAUGAAUUAGAUUUAAACGAAGUUCAACUAAAACUAUUCAUUUGUGAUUCAAUUCAUUUAUAAUGAAUAGAAGACCAUCAGGAUUUUCAAAACCUCCAAUAAUUGGUUCAAGAUCUGUAUUAAUUGCUAUAGAUGGUUCUGAACAUUCAAAAAAAGCAUUUCAAUAUUAUUUAAAAUGGUUACAAAGAUCAGAUGAUACAAUCACAAUUUAUCAUGCUGUAGAACCAGUCUCAUUACCAACUAUAUCAUUAUCAAAUCCAAUUAGUAUACCAAGUGAUGAAUGGUCAAAUAUUGUUGAAGUCAAUGUAAAACGUGUACGUGAAUUAGAACAUGAUUAUAGUACAGAUUGUUUAGCACAUAAUUUAACUUAUCAAUUUUUAUAUGAAUCAGUCAAUCAUAUUGGUGAAUCAAUUAUUAGAAAAGCGGAACAAAUUAAUGCAUGUUUAAUUAUUAUUGGUAGUCGUGGUUUAGGUGCUAUCAAACGUACCAUUAUGGGAAGUGUUAGUGAUUAUGUUGUACAUCAUGCGAAUACAACAAUUUGUGUUGUACCAUGGAUUGAUGAAAUUUCACAAAAUACAUCAUAAUUCAUUAACUUAUUUGACCAUAAUCAAAUAUUUAGUAAAUAUAUAUAUAUAUAUAUAUAUA